CGUAAGGCCAAGGUGCGCUUCCCUGAAGCACACAGUCAUCGCUCCCAAAUCAUUGCUCCUUUCGUCUGAUCCUCUUCGACGGCAGGCCGGCGGGGUCCGAUGGCAGUCGGAAGGCGUGGUUGGACUGCGGCAGGCGUGGCUACGGGGGAGAUUCCGAUUGCGUCGCCCCUCCGGUGGUACGGUCGGGGCGGCGCGCUCGCGUGCAGACCACCUCUAGCGGGUCGCCCUUCGCCGAGGCGGAGCCCAAGCUACGCCGACGGGUUCUUCGUGAAGGCCGACAUGGCCGCAGUCUACCCCGAGCUCCCCACCCCGGCCGAUGGUGAAAGGUACAACCUAGUUUAGCUCCCCACGCCGACGGGUUCUUCGUGAAGGCCGACUGCCGUUAAUACAGUGUGGAGUUGUCGCAAAUGUAAUUAUAUCUAGCUAAACUAAUCUCCACAUUUCUGCGACCGAAGAUCAAAAUCAGACUCUCAAUGUCAGGGCGUAAAAUUAUACUAAUAGUCAGGUCUUAAAAUCAAAUUAAUCUCUGCCUCUUGCGUUGUCGACAUGGGAUUGGUCAUGUGGACAACUAAUCUCAAAGCCAAUAAGUUGGUGGGCAGCUAGCUUUGGACCGUGGAAGAGGCACCCCAUGUGGACAAGUAAUCUCAAAGUUAAUUUUAAUUAAGCUGGAUGGAUGCAAACCACCUCAAGGCUUAAUUAAGAUGUUUUCUAAUCAUCAGACUUACUCAGUCACUCUUCUUGCAUCUGUAUAUGCUUGCAAUUGUACAUAUGUGAUGCAUACCGGAUAUGCUUGCUAGAAUUAUUUAUAGUAAAUGUUCUUAUUCUUUUAAGCGACUACGGUAAAUGUACUUUGCGACGACAGCAAAAAAGGUAACUAGACUUAGUUUUUUGCUACACGAAAAUAGUGCAGUAGACUAGUACAGAGAAUAAGGGAUUCAGCCUCCUCAUGUCAGUGGCGUCAUAUGUGUUUGCUCUAAUCAAGGAGCGAUACUUGUUUGCUUAAUCAGGGCUGUUCAACAGUCACCAUCAUAUCAAACAUGCAGAGAGCCCAUUCCUCAUAAGUUAGCCUUUUCAUCACGGCCGUCAUGCAAACUUUUUAUUGUUAAUUGGGUGGUUGGAAUGAUUAAUUAGUCUGUACUACUAGCAUGAACCAUGAUUUGUCUGUUUUCUUGUCGUUUAGGCAGAGUGGUUGUGGCAUGUGCUGCCUCACUGUAAUUAAUGGUUACUUGAUGCUUGAGUUAUAUCCAAUUCAAUCAAAUUGCUAGUGCCCCUCCAAGAAAAUAUGUCGACUCCCAGCAUGGCGGCCAAUCUUUUUCCAUCCAAAUUCUAACUUGUGUGUGAAAGUUCUGUCAUUAAGCCAUCCUAGGCUGCUUGGUGAUCUGAAUAACAUCAUUUUCUUUCGUCCUCAAAGUUAGGGCUUAAAAUUGUACUAAUAGUCAGGUUUUAAAAUUAAACAAAUAUCUGCCUCUUGGCGUUGUCGACAUGGGAUUGGCCAUGUGGAAAACUAAUUUCGAAGCCAAAUUAAGUUGGUGGACAGCUAGCUUUGGACAUUACCAUUGUUACCGCUGCGGCGAUGUUUGAGGGUGUAGAACAUUGUCGUUAAAGCCAAUAUUACAUUAAUGAGGCACAGAGGCAGCACUCACUUUGGAUCAACCUUUGAUAUAAAGCCAACAUAGUCCAGUCGUGCCGUCCCAGUUAAAUUAAUCUUAGAGCCAACAUGAGCUGGGAUUGGGCUAAAAUUACUUUGUUAGGACCCCAGCGCACAUGAAGGUGCCUCGAGCCUUGUAAUGAAGAAGAAGAAGAAAAAUGCCAACUUGACAUAAGCCUCGUACCUGGUUUAGAUUCCCUUUACUAAGCCACCCGCCCUUGUCAGCUACUAGCUCAACUCACAUCUGCCAUUACCACCACCACCUCCACAUCACAGCCAGGAAGCAGAGCCAUGGAGGCGACAGGGGUGAGCUUGGGGAAGGCCGCGCUGGGCGGCGCACUGGGCUAUGCCACGUCCAAGGCUGCGGAGGAAAUCGCGCUGCAGCUUGGCGUGGAGCGUGACGUGAACUUCAUCAAGGACGAGCUGCAGAUGAUGCAGUCGUUCCUGAUGAUGGCUGAUGAGGAGCAAAGCCAGAACAAGAUCCUUACGACUUGGGUGAAACAGAUCGGGGUCCUUGCCUACAAAGUGGAGGACAGCCUCAUGGAUUUUGGCCUCCACUCAGAGAAAAAGCAAUUUUGGGGGUGCAUUCCCCGCAACCCAGGUGAUAGGCGCCGUAUCGCCAAGGAGGUGAAGCAGCUGAGGGCUGAGGUGGAGGACGUGAGCAACAGGAACCUGCGCUAUCGCCUCAUCAAGGAGAGCUCAGGCUCCAAGCCUACCGUGGCAGAGGAGCGGGCCAGCAUUGCCACUGCGGCAAUGUUUGGCAUCAAUGAAGCAAGGCCUACCACCUUGGAGCAUCAGAAAACAUCAGAGGUCGAUCUCCACCAGCUGAUUACCAGCAACGAUUUAGACCUUAGGGUGAUCACCAUGUGGGGAACCAGUGGUGAUCUCGGGAAGACAUCCGCCAUCCAGGAUGUUUAUGAUGACCCAAAGGUAAAAAAAAGGUUUGGAUUCUGUGCUUGGAUUAGGUUGAUGCAUCCUUUCAAUCCACAAGAGUUUCUCAGGAGCUUGGUAAGACAAUUUUAUGAAAAUUCCCAUGAUCUGGUUGGAGAGCCCUCUUUCAAUCCACAGAAGUUCCUCCAGAGCUUGGUAAGACAACUAAAUGAAAACCCCCAUGAUGAGGUUGGAAAGCCAGAACAAGAAACAAGUGUUGGGGCCGUUCUGGCAAAGAUGGACAAGAUGGAUCAAAGUGAUUUAGUCCAUGUGUUUAAUGCACAGUUGUGUAGAAAUAGCUACCUGGUUGUCAUAAAUAACAUGUCAGCAAUAGAAGAGUGGCAUUGCAUUAAGAAGUACUUUCCCGACAACAAGAAGCAAAGUAGAAUCAUCAUUUCCACGCAGCAAGUUGAAACUGCAAGCUUGUGCACAGAGAAACCGUACCAAGUUUCAAAGUUUAAGCAGUUGUCAUUUGAUCAAACUAUUUAUUUGUUCCACAAGAAGAAUUCAGAGGAGCAGGUCAACAUGUGCUGUGUUUGUGGGGCAAGUGUUGGCACCAAUGAAGCAAGGCUGGCUGCGGCAGAGAAUGAGAGACUGAAGGCUAUGUGUGCAUCAUGUUCUGCCAAGCCUGUUCCCGACCCAAAUGAAGUUAUUACUGCUAAGAACACAGCAAUGCCCACCGAUGAAAUACAGAAGGAAAACCAAGGACCGAACAGCGCAGGUGAAGACAAAGCUUGCAACUCAGCUGCUAGAAAGAAGUUUGAUCUUAGCAAGACACUGGUACUGGCUGAUGAAGUGCUCUGCGGGCGAGAAACAGAGAAAUCUAUUGUAAUCAAAUCAGUUGUCCAACCAGACAACAAUCAGGGUUGCAAAGUGAUCUCAGUUUGGGGAAUGGGGGGUCUUGGUAAAACCACUCUUGUCCGAAGCAUCUACCGAAGCCGUCAGCUUGGUGGCUGGAAGCGUGCUUGGGCCACUGCAUUGCGUCCUUUUAACCCUGAAGUACUCCUUAGAGAUUUGGCUUUGCAGCUUCAAAAUACUAUCCAAGAAGAUCCUACCGGAUCAACAUCAACUGGAGCACAAAAGAAAACCAUAUCGGUGAUGAAACUUCAAGAUUUGAAUGAGGAGCUAGCUCAGUUACUAAGAGUAAAAAAGUGCCUUGUUGUUAUUGAUGAUAUAUGGUCCAAUUUUGAAUGGGAUUCUGUCAAACAGUGUUUACAUAAUGCUGGAAGGAUCAUAGUCACGACAAGAGAAAAAAGUAUUGCCAAACAUUGUUCAAGAGAAGACAAGAACAUGUACUGUCUUCAAGGUCUGAACAAUGCUGCUGCACUUGACCUCUUCAUGAAAACGGUAUUCAAGAAUAAUAUUGGAAAUAAUAAUUUAUUCCCAGCUAUGAUGGAUCAAGCAAGACUUAUCCUGCAGAAAUGCGACGGACUUCCCCUUGCAAUAUCGACUAUUGGUGGUUUCCUAGCCACUAAGCCAAAAACAGCUAUUGAAUGGAAGAAGAUGAGUGAUGGUAUUAACACUGAAUUGGAGAUAAAUCCUGAGCUUAUGACAAUAAAGAAAAUUCUUAUGAGGAGCUAUGAUGGUUUGCCAUACCAUCUGAAGGCUGCUUUCUUAUACAUGUCCAUAUUUCCAGAAGACUACAGAAUUAGGUGGGGUCGUUUGGUGAGGCGAUGGAUUGCAGAGGGUUACUCAAGGGAUAUGCAUGGCAUGACUGCAACUGAAAUAUGUCGGAGGUACUUCGAUGAGCUCUUGGAUAGGAGUAUGAUCUUAUCAGGAGAAGGGAUAGACCAAUACAGUCAGAAAAUAAAUUCCUGCCAACUUCAUGACAUGAUCCGUGAAAUAUGCAUCUCAAAGGCGAGGCAGGAAAACCUUGUUUUCACACUGGAGGAAGGAUGCUGUUUGAGUGACACACAAGGCGCAAUACGUCAUCUUGUCAUAGGCAGCAACUGGAAAAGAGAUAAAGAUGUGCUGGAGAGCAUCCUAGACUUGUCACAUGUACGGUCGUUGACUGUGUUCGGAGAGUGGAGACCAUUUUUCAUCUCUGAUAAAAUGAGGUUCCUCCGAGUGCUUGACUUAGAAGACACACUGGAGUUAAGAGAUCACCAUCUUUAUCAAAUUGGGCAGCUCCUUCACCUCAAGUACUUUUCUCUUCGAGGAUGUCGGAAGAUUUCAUGCUUGCCUAAUUCUUUGCGGAAUUUGAGGCACCUUGAAACACUGGAUGUUAGAGAUACAUAUAUAGAUGAGUUGCCAACAAUCACAAAUCUUUGGAAGCUACAGCACCUUCGUGGAGAUGGUCUUUUCUUAAGACGACAAGUUUUAGAUGCUUGUUUGAACAUGUUUGAUAUAUCCAAUCUGUACCGCUUCUCUAAGGAGCAUCCAAAAAAUGUUGUCCUUCCUAGAGGAAUUGGUAAAUUGAAGGCCCUUCACACACUGGGUUAUGUCAAUGUUUCUUGUGGCAAUGGAAAGGCCACUCUAAAAGAGUUGGGAGAGCUUACUCAGCUGCGUAAGCUGAAAGUGGCUGGUAUCAGUGGGAGAAACAGUACUGAGUUAUGGGUUGCCAUUGCUGGUCACAAUCAACUUCAGUCUUUGUCAGUUAAAGUAGAGAAGGCGUUUGAACAGGGGAAUCAGAUAGAUGGUUAUUUGGGUGAGGGUCUGUUGCCACCAAGCAACCUCGAGAGCCUCACUCUGUGUGGUGAGCUAGUCAAUGCAACAAAAUGGAUCCAUAAGCUUCAAAAUCUCUCCAAGUUGGUGCUAUGGUGUAGCAAAUUGGAGCAAGAUGAUGCCAUACAAGCCCUAUGGUUUCUACCAAAUCUUGCAGUUCUACGCCUGAUGAUGCAUUCAUUCAUGGGGAAACAGCUCCAUUUCCAGAGUUCAUCUUUCCCGAAUCUCAUAGUGCUACAGCUCGAUGCAUUAGAUGACCUCCGGUCGGUGUUGUUUGAAAAAGACACAAUGCCUAAACUUGAGCUGCUACAAGUUGGUUGGUGCGAAAAGCUGAGUGUAUUCUCCAGGUUGGCAGCCUUGACAAGUCUCAAGGAAAUUCGGUUGGGUAGUCAUCUCGAUGAAAAUUUGAAGGAAUCUGUGCAGAGACAGGUAGAAGAGCGUAUCAAGCACGUCAGGGUGAAUAUUAUUAGCGACUAAACUGUUCAUUUCUAU